GUCACUGAAACAUUAACCCAAAAAGAACCACAGCAAUGGAAACUGAUCAAGAACAUGAACAAAAAACACAAAACCCUAACAAUGGAACAACAAAAGAUGAAAUCAAGCUCAACCCCACUUCAAAUUCAAAGACAAAAGUAGUAUUGAUAAUGGGAGCAACAGGUGCUGGCAAAUCAAAACUUGCUAUUGAUUUGGCUUCUCACUUCCCUAUUGAAAUUAUCAAUGCUGAUUCUAUGCAGGUUUAUCAAGGAUUGGAUGUUAUUACCAAUAAAGUUACUCCCCAAGAGCAAAAAGGAGUGCCUCAUCAUCUUCUUGGUACUAUCAGCCCCAGUGUUGAAUUUACUGCCAGGGAUUUCCGUGACUCAGCUAUUUCUAUAAUAAAUGAGGUAUGGUCCCGCAAUAGGUUGCCAGUUAUAGUUGGAGGAACAAAUUAUUAUAUUCAGGCUCUUGUGAGUCCAUUCCUUCUUGAUGAUUCUGUUGAAGAUGCAGAGGCUAAUUGCUUCAGCGACUCUCAAGAAGAUGAGCAACCUGAUCUUGAAGUUGAACUUAUGAGCGAGGAUUAUGAUUGUGCUUACAACCGUCUUAAAGAUAUUGAUCCAGUUGCAGCCAACAGAAUUCAUCCAAAUAAUGAUAGAAAGAUAAACCAAUACCUGAAUUUGUAUGCACGAUUUGGUGUUAUUCCAAGCAAACUUCUUCAGGAGAGGACUGUAGAGAACUGGGGUCAAGUUGAUAAUUCAAGACAUGAUUUCUGCUUCUUAUGUGUGAAUGCAUCUCUUACCACUUUGGAUCCAUUUGUCGAUAGAAGAGUUGAUCACAUGGUUGAUGCUGGUCUAUUGAAGGAAGUUUUUGACAUCUACACUACGAAUGCAGACUAUACAAAAGGCUUGAGGCAGGCCAUAGGUGUUAGGGAAUUCGAGCCAUUUCUUAGGCGUUACAUACCGGAACAUCAAAAACCUUGUGAUGAAUCUCAUGUGCAGACACUAAAUGAUCAGACAUUGAAGCAAAAUAUACAGCAGAUUGUGGAUUCCCCUGAUGAUAAUGAAUGGAAAACUCUUCUAACUGAAGCAAUUGAACAAGUCAAAUUGAACACACGGAGACUAGUUCGACGUCAACGGAGAAGGCUUAAUCGGCUGCAGAUGCUGUUUGGAUGGAACAUACAUUAUGUUGAUGCCACAAAGUCCAUAUUAAGUGGUGCUGAUGAUAUAUGGGCAGUAGAAGUGGUCAAACCCUCUGUAGGAAUAAUAAAAUCCUUUCUCACUGGCGAAUCCAGUACGGAAAAUGGUGGCAAUGUUUCUGAAGAAAUGAAGUUGAAGCAAAAGGAUCUCUGGACUCAGUAUGUAUGUGAGGCAUGCGGUAAUAAGGUCCUUAGAGGCGCGCAUGAGUGGGAAGAGCAUCAAAAGGGUCGUCAUCAUCGAAAACGAAUUUCCCGGCUUAAGAAGUCGGGAAGCUUGUGCUUGUGAAGCAACAUAUAUGUAUACCUCCUCUGCUUAUAGCACAGUUCUUUACAUUUUACCUGUCAUGUUAAAAAUCUUACCCAUUCUUUUUGUUUCAGUUGUCAAAAACGGUUGCCCUCA